AUGGGCUGCUCAUUUAUCUUGGCCGUUCAGCCGCCGCUGGUUCAAUUGUCAGCGCGAUAUGUUCGAUUACGACCCCUCAUCCUAGCUAACCGACUUCUUGACGAGCCCCUCCCUGUAUUCGGUCCAGCGAUAUUCGAAUCCGGUUACACCGUUCUAGCACGCAAGUCCCUAAUCUAUGUUCUCCAGCCCCUCUCGUCUUCUCAUCCAUCGUCUUAA